GUUUUCGCGUUCGAGCGGGGUUCCUAACCUCAAAAUGCCCCCGAAGGUGACGCCGAAAAAGGACGGGCCGCAGCAGCAGCCGGAUCUCACGGCGAUUCUGGCGCAGCUCACCGCCUACUUGGAGAACCAGUCCAAGACACAGGAGGCUCUCCUUGAGCAGCUCUCCAAGCCGAAGGACAGCGAAUUCCUGAUGGAAGCACUUUCCAACACCAUCCCGGAAUUUGUGUACGACCCCCAAGGCGGACUGGUUUUCGACAAGUGGUACUCCCGGCACGAGGAGGCCUUCAACAAGGGCGGGGAGAAGCUGGAGGAAGCGGACAAAGUGCGGCUGCUCGUGCGAAAGCUGUCCUCGGUGGAUCACGACCGCUACGUGAACUACAUCCUACCGGAGAACCCACCGGACAGAUCGUUCCAGGACACGGUGGACACGCUUAAGGAGAUGUUCGGGCACCAAACGUCCGUGUUCUUCCGGCGCUACCAGUGUCUGCAGACGACCAAGCGGAAUGCGGAGGAUUUCGUCACGUACGCCAGUACCGUCAACCGAGCUGGAAGGCGAGACGGCGGAGCACCCGAUGACUCUCAAGAAGCUGUUAUUGGAGUGCCAGCAUUUGGACAACCUCAAACACGACACUGCUGUUAUUGAGGGACCGAAGCCGGCCGUCAAAGCGGUCCAGCAGGAUCGCAGCGGCUUUCGCGAGUCGGGCAAACCGGAACGGAAGUUCGACA